CCCCUCAUACUUAAAUACGACGGGGUAGAUCGUGGAUUCUGAAUUUUCUCCUUUUUACCCCAGUCCUAUUUUCCAGUCUUCUUCUACAAUGGCCGCUAUCAGCAAUGUGACUUUAUGUGUCCUGGCUAUAAUAAUGGUCACUGGAGCCAAUGCAGCACCUUGUGACCUGUACUCGGUCUUGGAUGACCCCUGGCGAAGCUUGACUCUCAUUACAAACGAUCGUCACUGUGACAAGCCCGGCUAUGAGGAUUCCACUGGACUAACCGAAGGUUGGUACCGCUUCACCGGGCCGGCGGGGACCCAGAUGCCGACGGUCGCGCCGGGUGCCACCCACCUCUGCGGCACCUUCGCACCGGUGUGGAUGAACGGGCAACACCCAACUGUCGCUGACGGGGUGGUCACGCGUCAGGCGUGCGCCUACCGGGACUCUAACUACCACUGCGCCUGGAGGUGGGACAUACAAGUGGCGGCCUGUCCCGACGGGUUCUACGUGUACUACCUGAUACAUACCCCUACCUGUAACCUGGGCUACUGUGCUGACGUGCCCUCGCCACCUGUCCACAACUCGCUAUGCUACAAGCUGUCAGACGUCACCAGAGACUACGAGAGCUCUACGCAGGAAUGUGCCGCUAUGGGAGGCAGUCUGGCGCUGAUCGGGGAUGCAGGGACACAGAGUUUUGUGGCUGAACUCAUCCGAACACACAGUAACGCGAGUCACUGGGCCGGGAGUACGUCACCCGCCGUCCACUGCUCCUACACUGGUCUGUCUGCUGGGAUAGGCCACGAGCUAUGGGCCUCCGGACAGCCUCCCAUAUUUUGCGUGUUCAUGGACAGUAGCGCCGACUUCAAGUUGAACGUGGCUGUCUGCUCAGAGAAACACGGAUUCGUCUGUCAAAGUGACAUAGUGAUGUGUCAGCGUGACGUGUGUCAGAACGGCGGGACCUGCACCUCAUGUUUUGAUGACGCACACAAGACCUGCACCUGUCAACCCGGCUACACCGGGCACCGCUGCGAAACGCAUCUGGACCUUUGCAACCCGAACCCGUGUCCGUUCGACUGGAACUGUGUGGACACUGGCGGGUCUUUGAUGUGUAUACCGAAAGCUCAUGUCCGGCUGUCAGAGCAGAGUUUGCACAGCUGUACUGUCCAGUCCUGUCCAGUAGGACUGGCCUGUAAGGAGGACGGACCUGGAGGCUACUCCUGCGUGCCCUAG